UGAUCUUUGAGUAACGGGCGGAAGCUCUCGGCCUGUAAAUGAGGAGCGCUUUUUGCCACUACAGACUAACACGGUUAAUUGCUCUGGAUCUUUCUGCCACUGUCGUCUUGCUGCUGUAGGACAAAAGUCUUUCACUGUCCGCGGUGCGAGAAAAGAGCCUUCGCGCCUUCCAGCCGGAGGGCUGCGGAGCUCCGUCUCCAUGCGGCGUGAAUCGUCCGCGCUCCUGCUCCGCUAGGCGUCUGUGGCAGGUCCCCUAUGGCGACGGCAGUGGCGGUGCUGCGGAGUCUGGAAGCGCCGCUCCCCCAGGACCUUCCCCCGGGGACGGGGCUGAUGGUGGCCCCCGCCGGGUGGGGGUGGGCGGCGGCGCCUGGCGGUCCGCUGGUGCUGGCCGUGCGUCCGGCGGAGUCCGAGGCGCAGCCGGUGCUGCUGUGCGCGGCGCUGCAGGAAGCCCCGGGCGGGCCGGAGCUGCGGCUGGGCCGGACCCUCCUGAAGCAGCUGGGCCUGGCGCCGGGGAGGCGGGUGCGCGUUUGGCCGGUGCGGAGGCCGCCCGUGCUGGGCUGGGUGCUGCUGGGGGCGGUGGCUGGGCGUGCUCCUCCUCCGCGGCCGGGCGGCGGUGCCGGCUCGGCCGUGCUGGUGAGGCGCGGGGAGAGCCUGCCGGGCUCCGGGCUGCUGGUGUUGGAGGCCCGGCCGGCGCUGCAGGGCUUGCUGGGCCCCGGCACCCGCUUGGCCAUAACAGAGCUGCGGGGCGGCAACGGGGAGAGGAAGGAGCCCACGCCGCUAAUGCCACCUCUGGUGUCGGGCUGGGCGUGUCCCGGCGAGCGGUGGGUGAGGGCCAAGCGACGGGCCCCGGCGCUGCGGGGCGGUGAGGGCGCGCAGGGCGAAACGCUGUGGGUGAGCCGCGGCUGUUUGCGCAGCCUGGGCCUCUUCCAGGGGGAAUGGGUGCUGGUCAGCAGGGGGAACGAAGAGGGGCCAGGAGGCUACCCAGGAAAUGGGCCUCACUUGGCCGCCGUGCGGACUCUGGAGCCCCCGUGGGACUCCCCCCUUCGGGACCCCGAGCCCCGCCGAACCGCUGCCGCUGCCUUGGAGGAGACCUUUCUGCAGGGGGAAGCGCUCGCUCCUGCCGCCUUGGCCUUCAACCUGUCCUGCGAUCCUCUGGAAGGGAGCCUUCUCAAGAUCCAGAGAUAUGGGGAAACUACUGGUGCGGAAGAGGUGAAAGGAAGUCGGUCCAUGCUAUCUGUACCACCCUUUGCUAAGGAGCUACACAUAGAAAUUGUGUCCUCACCAGCCUACAGCACCACAGAAGUCUAUGACCAAAUUCUCUACCAGCACUUUCAAACUCCCAGGUUAGUCCAAGUGGAAGAUAUUCUCUGUGUGCCAACUGCUGGACAUCCUGAAUUCUUAGAAGGAAAUUCAGAGAAAUUUUUAAGAUGGCCUGAGCUCUACUUCAAGGUGAAAAAGAUAAUAGCAGCAGAGGGAAGAGAUCAGAGUGUGGGGUACUUGGCUGACACCCAGAACACUUCUUUAUUUCUGGGUGGUUCAACAAACAGUGCUGUCCCUUCUUUUCCAUCUCAAAACACCCACGGUUUUUGGAGCAGUUUGUCUCCUGCUGGACUGUGUGAUGUAGUAAAGCAGUUGUGUGACAUUCUUGGACCUUACUUGCACAGUAGAGAAACUCUGUUAAGUGGAACUGGAAGCGUUCUUCUUUCAGGACCCAGUGGUAUUGGGAAAAUGACAGUUGUUAGAGCUGCCUGUAGCCGCCUCAAUCUCCAUUUGUUCAAGGUGGACUGUGUUAGUUUGUGUGGGGACACUAGUGGAUCUACAGAAGCGAAGCUACAUGCUGCCUUCUCACAAGCUGAAGUCUAUAGCCCUUGUAUCCUACUGCUGAAAGAUAUAGAGCUGCUGGGGAGAGAACGUGAUGGGAUUGGGGAGGACUCCAGAGUUAUCCUUGCCAUCAGGCAUCUUCUCCUAGACAGAGAGGCAGACACCAGUGAUGGCUUUGGAGUGUCCACCUGUGUUACUCUCAGCAGUUAUCCUGUCCUGGUAGUAGGCACAACAUCCAGGCUUGGGGAUGUCCCUGCAGACUUGCAGACAGGCUUCCUCCAUGAGGUGAAAAUGGAAGCACCAUCUGAGGAGCAAAGGAAGGCCAUUCUGGGCAUGCUAGCAGAGGGCCUUCCUCUGGGCAGAGAAGUGAGCCUGAGCAAACUUGCCCGGCAGAGUGCGGGUUUUGUUCUAGGAGAUUUCUGUGGUUUGCUUUCCCAUAGCAGUCGUGCUGCCUGUACCAGGAUACAGAAUUCAAGUUUCCCUGGUGGACUAACCAAGGAGGAGGAGCAGGAUUUCUGUGCUGCAGGUUUCCCUCUCCUAGCAGAGGACUUCAGUGUUGCUCUAGAUAAACUGCAUGAUGCCCAUUCACAGGCAGUGGGAGCACCAAAGAUACCAUCUGUUUUCUGGCAAGACGUUGGCGGGCUCCAGGAUGUGAAGAAGGAGAUCCUGGACACCAUUCAACUUCCCCUAGAACACCCAGAGCUACUAUCUUUAGGUCUCCGCCGUUCUGGCCUUCUGCUCUAUGGCCCUCCUGGAACAGGAAAGACACUGCUAGCUAAAGCUGUAGCAACUGAGUGCACUAUGACAUUCCUUAGUGUGAAGGGCCCAGAGCUCAUUAACAUGUAUGUUGGGCAGAGUGAAGAGAAUGUGCGAGAAGUGUUUGCCAGAGCCCAGGCAGCUGCUCCUUGCAUUAUCUUUUUUGAUGAGCUUGAUUCCUUAGCACCCAAUCGUGGACGGAGUGGAGAUUCAGGGGGUGUUAUGGAUAGAGUCGUGUCUCAACUACUAGCAGAGCUUGAUGGACUUCAUUCUUCCCAAGAUGUUUUUGUUAUUGGAGCUACAAAUAGACCUGAUCUUCUGGACCCAGCACUGCUCCGACCAGGCAGGUUUGAUAAGUUGGUGUAUGUAGGUGUCAAUGAAGACCGAGACUCUCAGCUGCGGGUACUAGGUGCCAUCACCAGAAAAUUUAAGCUAGACCCUUCAGUGAGUCUCCUGAGUGUUCUUGACAAAUGUCCUGCACAGCUAACAGGAGCAGAUUUGUACGCACUGUGCUCAGAUGCCAUGAUGUUUGCUAUCAAAAGGAAAGUGGAGUGGAUAGAGGAAGGACUUGAUACAGAGAGCUCAGAGCUACUUCUGACCAUGGAUGACUUUGUACAAGCUGCUGAGAAGCUGCAGCCUUCGGUUUCUGAACCAGAACUGCUCAGAUACAAAUUGAUCCGGCAGAGAUUUACUGCCUGAUGAAACAUCCAGUGGAAAGACCAGGGAUAUGUUGAAGUGGAACCAUACAAUUGCAAGGAACAUGGAAGAACUUGGCAUGGGAGCAUCAUCCUGUUGGAAAUUGAUUGGGGGAUUAAAGGGAAUUGUCAGUCAUGAUCUAGUAAAUGCUGGAUCUGCUAAGAGAAAUAAAGGUAAUGCAGUCUAGUUGUGGAACUGAGACUGAUCGUAGGUUAGCUGAAUAAAUGCUGCUGCAGUUUGGUCCUCUUCUGUGUACAGUACCAUUAUUGGUACCUAAGGAAAAAAAUUGUUCUGGUAUAAAAAACUGGCACCAUUUAGGCCUUAAGAUGUAAUAACAUGGACAAUGAUAUAGUCAUGUCUGUAAAUAAUAAAAGUAUCUAAAUGGUUGUGGGUUUUCUGGGCUGUAUUGCCGUGGUCUUGGCGUUGUAGUUCCUGACGUUUCGCCAACAGCUGUGGCUGGC